ACAACUUCACUUUGCUUUUUGUUUUUUUAUCCGAAUAAUGAACAAGCAAUAUCAACCUACGGCGGAGAAAAAAAGAAAACUAUGACAUGGACAAGGACAAGGCUACAAGUCACCGUAGACAACAGCGUGCAAACAUGUUCGCGACCCACGUUUCCCUCGCGCUUUGACUUCAAACUAUCCUCUUUGCAGGACAUGUGCUUAUCGCCAACAGAAAAGCCGCCCAGGGGGUUGAUUCCAUCACACUUGAUGUGUAUAUGGCAUUGGAUGAUCAGCUUGUAUUCGUCAACCGGCCAUGCAUGGUGGCGUUUCGGCAUGCGGUGCGCCCGAGACGUGGGAGUUUGGCCCAUCCUUCGAAAUGAGUUGCUGCUCUAUCACCGCAGAUGCUCAUAGCCUUUCCAGAGCUGGUGGUGUAGAGCUGGGACACAUCAGUUCGUGCCAGACUACUAUCUGCUCAGUCGUUCACUGCCACUCGACUUGUGAUGCCAUCUUAGUUCCCCUUUUACUAAUCCUUCCUCCACUUGGGUGGUAUUGGACUCGACAUCAUCGCUCCUGGGAAAAGACGCACGCAGUAAUAUAGCAAUAUGUGUAUCCCAAACGAUCAUCGCAAGUCUAAGCAUAUCCACCACGGACUUGCUAUCUUCCUUGAUUGGCCAAGUAUCUCUUGUGUCCUGCAGUUGAGGAGAGGUUUGUCUAUGUUUUUGGUUCCGGUUACCACUGCUUUGUUCAAAUUAUCUAGAUAGAAGUUUGGGGUUCGCCAAUUGAUGCAGAUUGAAUUCAAAAUACCAGCCAUACACUUCUGGAACAGGCCAGACUCAGGUCGCGUUCCUGUCUUUCGGAGAGCGACAUCUCCUGAAUUGCGACUGUCGAGUUCUUGAUUUGAGAACUCUGCCAAUGAGUGGGCAUCCCAUGCUGGUUCCAGAAAUCCCUUCUGUUGAAUCUCUUGGUCACUUUGAUGAUCUUUAUUCCACUCCCAAGCCUCCCUUUUCGAUCUGGCACUAGCCUCGUUAGUCUUAGUUCUUACAAUACAUAUGCACAGGCAACACCACUCGGUAUCAGGCAAUAACAUAUGGGAUGACACACUUACAUAUGUAGAUCUCACUCUCUCUAGCUCUCAAAGAAGAUGUUGAUACUAUAUUUUGUUGCUCUCUAUGUGACUGUGGCUACUGUUGUAGCUCAACCCGGACUCAUACCUCGGUAUCGGGCUCCGGGGGUCGCGUUUAGGCUGACACCUGACUACGGACUUGCAUCGAUUUAUCUAAAAAAUGGAACAUCUGUGCCUGUCGCGCAAGUCUGGGGAACGCUAGGAUAUCAGGAUUUCAUGAGAAAACCACUCCACUCAGCCUGGGAGAGCAGAAGCACUCUUUGCCGGUAUAUUACUCCGGGCUUGGAACAACUGAUCCCGUUGUUCGGCUCCUGGAUAAGCAUAUGUCGAAACUCAAAAGUGGAGAGCACGCUAAGCGUCAUGGACUCCCUGAAGACAGCGGUAGAGGCAUAUCUCGGUACCAGCAUCUGCGACGUUAAACUCAAUAUUGACGUAUUUGAAUGGCCAAAGCAUCAAGUCGUUCGGGAGGCUCUCCACGCUCUUGGUCUCCGCGAAGUUGUACCUACCAUGCCAACGACAAAAUCUGUGGUGCUCGAACAUGUACCUCACAUGGGAACUACCCCGGGCUACAACGAAGAACCCUGGAUCAUCCUUGCCAUAGAUUAUAGCAAACACUGGUACAACGUCGGCUUGAUGAAUAUUGACGAGGGGUUUGUGGAUCCAAUCCCAGGCUUUAUCAGAGGCCCUACAAUCGGCAAGGGACAGCAACUCAAAGCAGUAGAACACAGCUUGCGCGACAUCAUUGCCAACCCUCCUGAUAACAUACGCAAUCUUCCGAAACAGAUCCAUCGAGUCAUGUUAUAUGGUGACGAUGCAAAAGACGACUCUCUUCGCGAGCUUCUAAUAAGGCUGCUCGGCAAAAUGCUUGUUCGGAAUGCUCUUAUAUCGAAUAGCAUAUUCGAUGGCACAAACUACACGGCUUAUACAGCAUACUACCAUAUGGAUAUCGUCAAUUACCCGAGGCCUCCGUGGGGUUGUCGGUGGCGGUCUAAUUUUUACAUUGACCCUGAAGGAGAUGAAGUUAAGGCCGAAUUGUAA